AUGGCAGCUGCCAGGAGGCAUGACUUCUCCUUCAAGACCUUGCUGACAUUCAGCUGGCUCAUCCUAGCCCUCUUCCCUUGGGCUGCAUCCACAGUGGCCACUGGGUGCCCUGACCAGAGCCCUGAGCUGCAGUCCUGGAACCCUGGCCAUGACCAAGACCACCAUGUGUACAUCAGCCAGGGCAGGACACUGCUGCUCACCUCUUCUGCCACAGUCCACUCCAUCCACAUCUCAGAGGGAGGCAAACUAGUCAUUAAAGACCACAAUGAGCCAAUUGUUUUGCGAACCCGGCACAUCCUGAUUGACAAUGGAGGAGAGAUGCAUGCUGGGAGUGCCCUCUGCCCUUUCCAGGGCAAUUUUAGCAUCAUCUUGUAUGGAAGGGCUGAUGAAACUGUUCAGCCAGACCCUUACUACGGCUUGAAGUACAUUGGAGUCGGCAGAGGGGGCACCCUGGAGUUGCAUGGACAGAAAAAGCUCUCCUGGACAUUUCUGAACAAAACCCUUCACCCAGGUGGCAUGCAGGAGGGAGGCUAUUUUUUUGAAAGGAGCUGGGGUCACCGUGGAGUCAUUGUUCAUGUCAUCGACCCCAAAUCAGGCACAGUCAUCCAUUCUGACAGGUUUGACACCUAUAGAUCCAAGAAAGAGAGUGAACGUCUGGUCCAGUAUUUGAACUCGGUGCCCAAUGGCAGGAUACUUUCUGUUGCAGUGAAUGAUGAAGGUUCUCGAAACCUGGAUGACAUGGCCCGGAAGGCGAUGACCAAAUUGGGCAGCAAACACUUCCUACACCUUGGAUUUAGACACCCUUGGAGUUUUCUAACUGUGAAAGGAAAUCCCUCUUCUUCGGUUGAAGACCAUAUAGAAUAUCACGGACACCUUGGCUCCGCUGCUGCCCGGGUAUACAAAUUGUUCCAGUCAGAGCACGGCGAGUAUUUCAAUGUUUCUUCGUCCAGUGAGUGGGUUCAAGAUGUGGAAUGGACAGAAUGGUUUGACCAUGAUAAAGUAUCUCAGACUAAAGGUGGGGAGAAGAUUUCAGACCUCUGGGCAGCUUACCCAGGAAAAAUCUGCAACCGUCCCAUUGAUAUACAGGCCACUACAGUGGAUGGAGUUAACCUCAGCACCGAGGUUGUCUACAAAAAAGGCCAGGAUUAUAGGUUUGCGUGCUACGACCGGGGCCGAGCCUGUCAGAGCUACCGUGUGCGAUUCCUCUGUGGGAAGCCUGUGAGGCCCAAACUCACAGUCACCAUUGACACCAACGUGAACAGCACCAUCCUGAAUCUGGAGGACAAUGUACAGUCAUGGAAGCCUGGAGAUACCCUGGUUGUGGCCAGCACUGAUUACUCCAUGUAUCAGGCAGAAGAGUUCCAGGUGCUCCCCUGCAAAGCCUGUGCCUCCAAUCAGGUCAAAGUGGCAGGGAAGCCGAUGUACCUGCACAUCGGGGAGGAGAUAGACGGCGUGGACAUGCGGGCUGAGGUCGGGCUCCUGAGCCGGAACAUCGUGGUGAUGGGGCAGAUGGAGGACAGUUGCUACCCCUACAGCAAACACAUCUGCAACUUCUUUGACUUUGACACCUUUGGGGGCCACAUCAAGUUUGCACUGGGGUUUAAGGCAGCCCACCUGGAGGGCGUGGAGCUGAAGUACAUGGGGCAGCAGCUGGUGGGUCAGUACCCAAUUCACUUCCAUCUGGCCGGCAAUGUGGACGAAAAAGGAGGCUACGACCCACCCACCUACAUCAGGGACCUCUCCAUCCACCACACGUUCUCUCGCUGUGUCACUGUCCACGGCUCCAAUGGACUAUUGAUCAAAGACGUUGUGGGCUAUAACUCUUUGGGCCACUGCUUCUUCACGGAAGAUGGGCCAGAAGAACGCAACACUUUUGACCACUGUCUUGGGCUCCUUGUCAAAUCUGGAACGCUCCUCCCCUCCGACCGUGACAGCAAGAUGUGCAAAAUGAUCACAGAGGACUCCUAUCCGGGCUACAUCCCCAAGCCCAGGCAGGACUGCAAUGCUGUGUCCACCUUCUGGAUGGCCAACCCCAACAACAACCUCAUCAACUGCGCCGCUGCGGGAUCCGAGGAAACUGGAUUUUGGUUCAUUUUUCACCAUGUACCAACGGGCCCCUCAGUGGGAAUGUACUCCCCAGGUUAUUCAGAGCACAUUCCACUGGGAAAAUUCCAUAACAACCGAGCACACUCCAACUACCGGGCUGGCAUGAUCAUAGACAAUGGAGUCAAAACCACCGAGGCCACUGCCAAGGACAAGCGACCCUUCCUCUCUAUCAUCUCUGCCAGAUACAGCCCUCACCAGGAUGCUGACCCGCUGAAGCCCCGGGAGCCAGCCAUCAUCAGGCACUUUACUGCCUACAAGAACCAGGACCAUGGGGCCUGGCUGCGUGGCGGGGAUGUGUGGCUGGACAGCUGCCGGUUUGCUGACAAUGGCAUUGGCCUGACCCUGGCCAGUGGUGGAACCUUCCCAUAUGAUGAUGGCUCCAAGCAGGAGAUAAAGAACAGCUUGUUUGUUGGCGAGAGUGGCAACGUGGGGACGGAAAUGAUGGACAAUAGGAUCUGGGGCCCGGGCGGCUUGGACCACAGUGGAAGGACCCUCCCUAUAGGCCAGAAUUUUCCGAUUAGAGGAAUUCAGUUCUAUGAUGGCCCCAUCAACAUUCAGAACUGCACUUUCCGAAAGUUUGCGGCCCUGGAGGGCCGGCACACCAGUGCCCUGGCCUUCCGCCUGAACAACGCCUGGCAGAGCUGCCCCCAUAACAACGUGACCAACAUUGCCUUUGAGGACGUCCCGAUUACUUCCAGAGUGUUCUUUGGAGAGCCUGGGCCCUGGUUCAACCAGCUAGACAUGGAUGGGGAUAAGACGUCCGUGUUCCACGACAUUGAUGGCUCUGUGUCUGAGUACCCUGGCUCCUACCUCACCAAGGAUGACAACUGGCUGGUCCGGCACCCAGACUGCAUCAAUGUUCCAGACUGGAGAGGGGCUAUCUGCAGUGGGCGCUAUGCACAGAUGUACAUUCAGGCCUACAAGACCAGUAACCUGCGAAUGAAGAUCAUCAAGAACGAUUUCCCCAGCCACCCUCUCUUUCUGGAGGGAGCCCUCACCAGGAGCACCCAUUACCAGCAGUACCAGCCAGUCAUUACUCUGCAGAAGGGCUACACCAUCCACUGGGACCAGACAGCCCCCGCCGAGCUUGCCAUCUGGCUCAUCAACUUCAACAAGGGUGACUGGAUCCGAGUGGGGCUCUGCUACCCACGAGGCACCACCUUCUCCAUCCUCUCGGAUGUUCACAAUCGCCUGCUGAAGCAAACAUCCAAGACGGGCACCUUCGUGAGGACCUUGCAGAUGGACAAAGUGGAGCAGAGCUAUCCUGGCAGGAGCCACUACUACUGGGAUGAGGACUCGGGGCUGUUGUUCCUGAAGCUGAAAGCUCAGAACGAGAGAGAGAAGUUUGCCUUCUGCUCUGUGAAAGGCUGUGAGAGAAUCAAGAUUAAAGCUCUGAUCCCAAAGAAUGCAGGCAUCAGCGACUGCUCAGCCACAGCCUACCCCAAGUUCGCCGAGAGGGCAGUCGUGGACGUGCCCAUGCCCAAGAAGCUCUUUGGUUCUCAGCUGAAGACAAAGGACCACUUCUUGGAGGUGAAGAUGGAAAGUUCCAGGCAGCACUUCUUCCACCUCCGCAGUGACAUUGCUUAUAUUCAAGUGGAUGGGAGGAAGUACCCUAGCUCAGAAGAUGGCAUCCAGGUGGUGGUGAUUGACGGGAGCCGAGGGCACGUGGUGAGCCACACCAGCUUCAGGAAUUCCAUUCUGCAGGGCAUCCCGUGGCAGCUCUUCAGUUAUGUGGUGGCCAUCCCUGACAAUUCCAUAGUUCUCAUGGCAUCAAAGGGAAGAUACAUCUCCAGAGGACCGUGGACCAGAGUGCUGGAAAAACUUGGGGCAGACAAAGGUCUCAAAUUGAAAGAGAAAAUGGUAUUUGUUGGCUUCAAAGGCAGCUUCCGGCCUACCUGGGUGACUCUGGACACCGAGGACCACAAUGCCAAAAUCUUCCAAGUUGUGCCCAUCCCUGUGGUGAGAAAGAAGAAGCUGUGA